GCUCUCUCUCUCUCUCUCUCUCUCUCUCUCUCUCUCUCUCUCUCUUUCUUUCUUUCUCUCUCUCCCUCUCUCUCUCUCUCUCUCUUCUUCUUCUUCUUCUUCUUCUCUCUAUCUCUCUCAUUCCUGUUCCUGAACAAAGUUCCUGAACAGAGUGUACAGAAAGCUCCUUUUGUGCCAUUAAGAGAAACUGGGCAAGUGUGAAGCUGUCCCUAUAAACCCAGACCAUGGUAAAUGUUUGGGAUGCAGUGCUGAUACUGAGUUGUGUAUGGAUCCCCUCCAGCUUGUGUCAGACUGUCUCUCCUCAAUCUGGCAAGCUAAAGUUCCGUCUUGCUGGCUACCCGCGUAAACACAACGAGGGCCGGGUGGAGAUGUUCUAUAACAGCGAGUGGGGCACAAUCUGUGACGAUGACUUUACUCUGACUAAUGCCCAUGUGCUCUGUCGCCAUCUAGGAUUUGUGAAUGCUAUCAGUUGGUCACAUAGUGCCAAGUACGGAGCAGGCACAGGUAAGAUUUGGCUGGAUAAUCUAAUAUGCAGAAACUCUGAAAGCAGCAUUGAGAAUUGUGUGUCUCGAGGGUGGGGCAACAGUGACUGCACUCAUGAGGAGGAUGCAGGGGUUGUCUGUAAAGAUGAGAGGCUACCUGGGUUUUUGGAAGACAACAUCAUUGAGAUGCAGGUGAAUGAAAACAGGUUGAAAGAGAUCCGCUUGCAUCCUAUUAGUGACCAAUUGCCUACUACUGAGGGUGUGGUGGAGGUGAAAGUUAAAGAAGGUUGGGUUCACAUCUGCAACAUCGGCUGGACAACCGAAAACUCCCGUGUAGUCUGCGGAAUGAUGGGGUUUCCCUCAGGCAAGAUCAUGGCAAAGAGGACACACAGAAACAAUAGUGUGUAUAGGAUUCACACUGUGGCCUGCAGUGGAAGUGAAGCUCAUCUUUCGGCCUGUACCAUGGAGUUCAGUAAGAAUACUAGCAGCCCCUGUCCGUCUGGAGGCCCCGCUGCAGUUCGUUGUGUGCCUGGACCCCAGUUCGCUCAAGAUCAGAAACACAAGAAAAAGCAAAACCGUACAACUAAGAUACGUCUAAAGGGUGGAGCAAAGACAGGGGAAGGCCGGGUGGAGGUGCUGAAAGGCUCUGUGUGGGGUACAGUGUGUGAUGACCUCUGGAACCUGCAGUCAGCUAGUGUGGUAUGCAGAGAAUUGGGCUUCGGUACAGCAAAAGAGGCUCUGACUGAUGCACGCAUGGGCCAAGGCACAGGACCCAUCUACAUGAAUGAGGUACGAUGCCAUGGGAAUGAGAAGAGCUUGCGGGAUUGCCCUCAUAACAACAUCACUGCUAAGAAGUGCAAACACACAGAGGAUGCCUCAGUCAAGUGCAAUGUCCCUUACAUGGGUUUUGAAAAAAAGAUCCGUCUGACUGGAGGCCGAACGCAGUUGGAAGGCAGAGUGGAGAUUUUGGCCAAUAACACUGAUAUUUCAGGGGAGUGGGGCUUGAUCUGUGGUGAUGACUGGACUUCUCGCGAGGCCAUGGUGGCAUGCAGGCAGCUGGGACUGGGACAUGCCAGCAGUGGCCUCAGAGAAACGUGGUACUGGGACAGCAGUAACGUGACUAAGAUGGUGAUGAGUGGGGUAAAGUGUCGUGGAGAUGAGAUGACUCUGACUGAGUGUCAGCACCAUAGUGUUUUCAGCUGUAAGAGGGCAGGAUCUGCAUUUUCCGCUGGAAUUAUCUGCACAGACUCGGCAUCAGACCUGGUCCUUAAUGCCCCUCUCGUGGAACGUAGUGUCUAUAUAGAAGACCGGCCACUGCAUUUGCUAUACUGUGCAGCAGAGGAAAACUGUCUCUCCAAAUCUGCAGCCUAUGAAAACUGGCCAUAUGGACAAAGGCGUCUUCUUCGCUUCUCCUCAGAGAUCCAUAACGUAGGCCAGGCUGACUUCCGUCCACGCUUGGGCCGUAGUUCCUGGGUGUGGCAUGAAUGCCACAGGCAUUAUCACAGCAUGGAUAUCUUUACCAACUACGACCUGCUGGAUCUCAAUGGCACAAAAGUGGCAGAAGGUCACAAAGCCAGCUUCUGCCUCGAGGACACAGAAUGUAAUGAAGGUGUUACAAAACAAUACGAGUGUGCCAAUUUUGGUGAACAGGGCAUCACAGUUGGCUGCUGGGACACGUACAGACAUGAUAUAGACUGCCAGUGGAUUGAUAUCACUGAUGUUAAUCCCGGGAACUACAUACUGCAGGUUGUACUAAACCCGAAUUUUGAGGUAGCAGAAAGUGACUUCACCAAUAAUGCCAUGCGCUGCAACUGCAAAUACGAUGGGCAUCAAAUCUGGCUGCAUAAAUGUCACUUAGGUGAUUCAUACAGUGAAGAUGCAGAGAAGGAGUUUGAACUUUAUCCUGGUCAAAUGAAUAAUCAGAUCUUAUAACACCAGUCACCUGAAACUGCUUUCAAAUGCUAUGAGAAAAAACUUCAUAAUAUACUCAACUAUUUAUUCUUACGGAAUACUUUUUUAUUAUAGCUGUCCAUCAAAACCUAAUUAGAGCUAUUUCUAUCAACAUUUGAGGAGAUCUGUAGAUUAGAAACUCUUCAGCUUACAAAGUGAUUUGAGAGCUAGUUUAUAGCCCACAUUCAAACCCAGGACCAGUUCAACAAUAGACUUAAAUUAGCCAGUUGUCCGAAAAGAGGAAAUAGCUGAACGGAGCAGCCCAGUUUAGUACUUUAACAAUCUUUUUUUUUUUAAAGAAUAAUAAAUCUCUUAUAAAUGUUGAUCAUGGAUGCAUUUAUUUAAAAGAAUAUGCCUUGAGCAUAUUUUUAACAAAAUGCUUAAAGUAUGCUUAGUCAUCAUGGUUAAAUAAACUAAGUUUAUAUUAGCUUUAAAAAAGUGGAUAUUACUUUUUCAGGAGGGCAGGGACACUCUAGCCAUGUUUAUUACAUUUCACAAGGAAUGCAUUUACACCCCAAAGCACACUGUUUAUUUAAAUCAAAGUGCAAACCACAGAAAGAAAAGUUACCAAAACACAAGACUAAAUGGUUGAGGUCAUCGUAUGUUUGGUGUUGUGAGCUUUAGGGUGUGAAAGCAGAUGUACAGAGCUUCGUUGUCAGUUUGCGUCAUC